AUGGCCGCGGAAGCUCCCAAAGACGAGCGAAGCGACCUUCAAGCUCCCCUCAGCGAGAAUGAAAAGACAGUGUCUUCCUCGAAUACUCCCACACUACACGAACCGGUCCAGGAAGAGAUCCAGGCGAAACCAGAAGUCGAACUCCCAGCCGAGGAAGAUGAAACUCAGUGGUUGACAGGAUGGAAGCUUGUUAGCAUGAUCACCUCUCUUACACUCGCAGCCUUCUUGAUGCUGCUUGACAUGUCGAUUAUCAGCACGGCUAUUCCUCGAAUCACCUCAGACUUUCACUCUCUACAUGAUAUAGGAUGGUAUGCUAGUGCAUACAAUCUUUCAAGUGCUGCCCUCCAACCACUUACAGGCAAAUUAUACAUGUACUUUAAUACCCGGUGGAUCUUCUUGAGCCUGUUCUUUGUCUUUGAGCUCGGCAAUUUGAUUUGCGGCGUUGCUCAGUCUUCUACUAUGCUCAUUAUCGGACGAGCGAUUUCAGGCAUCGGCUCGUCCGGUAUUCAGAAUGGCGCUCUCACGAUCAUCGCAUCGGCGGUCCCUAUCCACAAGCGCCCUUCCCUAGUAGGAAUUCUUAUGGGAUGUGCUCAGUUGGGAAUUGUAAGCGGUCCCUUGGUAGGAGGCGCUUUCACCCAGUAUACCACUUGGCGAUGGUGCUUCUAUAUCAACCUCCCGAUCGGCGCCAUCUGUACGAUCCUGAUCCUUAUCGUUCCUAUUCCAAACCAUCGUGCUCCCACAGAUGAAACUGCCAUGUAUCUUCUGAAAACAAAGUUCGAUUUCACUGGCCUCUUCAUGUUCAGUCCAAGUAUAGUCAUGUUGCUGCUGGCACUCCAGUGGGGCGGUGUCGACUAUGCUUGGGACUCUGCAACAAUUGUCGGCCUCUUUUGCGGUGGCGGUGUUCUUUUCGUGAUAUUCGUAUUCUGGGAACACCGUGUUGGUAGGGAUGCAAUGAUUCCCAUGCCCAUCGUGCGUACAAGACAAGUCUGGACCUCGUUGUUAACCAACCUAUUCCUGUUUGCAACCGUCAUGGUGGCAUCUUUCUACCUGCCUGUCUAUUUCCAAUCGGCUAAAGAUGCGUCACCGUUUACAAGUGGUGUUAAUCUGCUUCCCAGCAUUCUCAUGUUGAUUGUGGCAGCUGUUUCGAGUGGUGCUUUAGAGUUUGGCGUAUCUUUACUGACAAUUGCGACAACAGUUCAGAAGACCGGUUAUUAUAUACCAUUCGCAGCUGCCAGUGCGAUUUUCUCAGCUAUAGGAUUCGGUCUCUCAUCGACCAUGGGUCCAUAUACUUCAACCGCCAAAUGGGCAGGCUACCAGAUCUUGAUAGGUUUUGGUCGUGGACUCGGUCUUCAGAUGCCCAUCAUCGCCGUCCAGGCCAACACGAAACCUGAAGAGACACCUAUUGCCAUGUCUAUUCUGACAUUUUCCCAAACUUUUGGUGGCGCCAUUUUCGUAACUGCCGCAAACGUUAUAUUCACCCACGAGCUCCGUCAGGAACUUGUAUCAAGACUUCCGAGCAUUAAUCCCGAUAUUAUCAUCGACGCUGGUGCUGGUGCUGUAAGCGAGGUUGUUAGCAAAGAAGAUCUGCCCGGUGUUUUGUGGUCAUACUCUAAAGGCACGCGCGCAACGUUCUUACUUUGUGUGGCUUGUUCAUGUGUUAUGCUUGGGAUAUCAUUCGGUAUGGGUUGGAAAGAUAUCAGAAAGAAGCCUGCAACUGAUGCUGGUGAAGCUUGA